AUGCUCGCCGUGGGGUUGAUGAUCUACUUCCGCAGUCCUGGCCAUAGCAUUCGUUACAUGUGUAUGUGCGAAGUAUUCAUCGGCUUCGGCGGCGGCACGAUCAUCCUGCUGGAGCAGAUCGCCGUGAUGGCAGCCUCCUCGCAUAACGACUACGCGUCAAUGCUGGCCUUCCUGGCUCUGUUCGGGAACAUCGGUGGCGCGAUCGGGAACAGUAUCUCCGGGGCGAUCUGGACGAAUACCCUGCCCGUGGUGCUGCAGAACUCGCUGCCCCCGGAGACGAGGGACAAGUGGGAGGAGAUUGCGAACUCGCUGGACGUGCAGCUUAGCUAUAAGAUGGGUUCGGCGACCCGCGAGGCUAUCAACCAUGCGUAUGCUGUUAGUCAGCGGAAUAUGUUGAUUGCCGGGACGGCGGUCAUGGCGUUGACGAUGGUGUGGGUGUUUAUGAUCAAGGAUAUCCGUGUGAAGGGGUUGAAUCAUGUCCAGGGCGUUGUCUUUUAG